AAAAUAAAGAGGAAAAUUCUAAAAAAGAAGCUGAAGAAGAUGCUCGACUGUCGAGCUCUCGAUAACGAAUUCACACGAUUCAUGACAGGAUGAGACAAAGGAAAAAGAAAACACCAUACGAAUCAACGCAAAGCCAAACCUACCACUGCAACUACUAUCUAGUUUUAGCUCAUAUAUAAAUUAUUAUAUAUGAGCCGUGGAAUCAAAUUCACUUUUACUGUAUGAGAAAGAAAUUAACUCGGAUAGUAACAGUUCUUAUAUUUACGGCUAAAAUUGUAUUGAUAAUUAAUGCGUCCGACCAAAAAGUAGGUCUCCAUGGAGAGGAUCCUAUUCCAAGAAGAAGAAAUCCCGGCUCCAUUUCAGCGAAGAACGCAAUGACCCAAGCUAUCAUCGAGUAUAAGUAAAUCAGUGCACUUGGACCAUGCGAUCCCCUCAGGCCCUCCGUAACGGCGAGAACCCCUCCCCUCACCCUCGCAUCCCUCACUUCCACUCCACCGUGUCGGUGCAGAAGCUCCGCCGAUUCAACUCGCUCGGACUCGUCUUUCGCCUAGCCGCGUUUUGCUUCUCCCUCGCUGCCUCUGUUUUCAUGCUCACCAACUCCCAUGGCUCCGCUUCUCCGCAUUGGUACGAUUUCGACGCCUUCAGAUUCGUGUUCGCUGCGAAUGCGAUAGUGGCCGUGUACUCUCUCUUCGAACUGGUAGCCUCUGUUUGGGAAAUCUCCAGAGGAGCCACUCUGUUCCCCGAAAUCCUUCAGGUCUGGUUCGACUUCGGCCACGACCAGGUGUUCGCGUACCUGCUACUGUCGGCGAACUCGGCGGGAACAGCGAUGGAAAAGGCGCUAAAAGGAACGGACACGUGUACGGCCACGAACGCAUUCUGCAUCCAGUCGGACAUCUCGAUUGCCUUGGGAUUCGCCGGGUUUCUGUUCCUAGGGUUUUCGUCUCUGCUUUCGGGGUUUCGGGUCGUCAGUUUCAUAAUCAACGGCUCACGUUUUCACCUAUGAAGGACGAGAUGAGAUUGGGGAAUAUUUGAGUGUUAAUCUAUACUAUGUGAUUUGAUAUGAUAUAUUGAUAUGAUAUGAUGCGGAGUGUGUGCGCGUGUACCUCAUCUGUGUAUACGAGAGGUGUAUCCAAUUGAGUAAUGCUAACUCGGUUUUAUAUUUAUAUUUAUAUUUUUUUAUUUUUUGG